GUAAGAAAAAGGAAAGGAAAUUUCGUAACCCUUUGUAAAACCGGGUGAAAGUAAUUGUUUCCCAACGUUCUUCAUCAUCAUCGCAGAGUUAGUCAGUUAGUAGCAAAUGGAGAAAGGGAAAAGCAACAACAAGAAAAACAAAUCAUCAUCUUCAACUGCCAUGACUGUCGACCAGUUCGUUUCCACCAUGGCCCCUUUACUAGAUUUGGAAAAGGAAGCUGAAAUAUCACUUUCCAUGAGCUCAGCUGAGACGAGGAGUUUGGAUUCUGCUCAGAAGAAGGGUUCCACUAUUCUGAAUUUGAAGUGUGCUGAUAUCCAGACAGGGUUAAUGGGCAAGACGCUGAUGGAGCUUCAAUCAAACAAAGGGGAUAUUCUUCCGCCUCACAAGUUUGGCACUCAUGACGUUGUUGUUCUGAAACCAAACAAAGCUGAUUUAGGCUCCCCUGCACUUGGACAGGGGGUUGUCUACAGGCUAAAGGACUCAUCUAUUACUGUUGCUUUUGAUGAUGUCCCAGAAGAGGGUCUGAAUAAUCCUUUACGCCUUGAGAAGUUGGCAAAUGAGGUGACCUACCGUCGGAUGAAGGACACAUUGAUACAACUGAGUAAAGGUGUGCUGAAGGGCCCUGCCUCUGACUUAGUUCCUGUUCUUUUCGGGGAGAGACCACCAACAAUGUCUAAGAAGGAUGUCAAUUUCACUCCUUUUAAUCGCAACCUUGAUCACUCUCAGAAAGAUGCCAUCUCAAAGGCGCUUUCAUCCAAGAACGUAAUUUUGCUGCAUGGGCCUCCUGGAACUGGGAAGACAACUACUGUUGUUGAGAUUAUU